AUGAGGCUUCCUCGUGGUUGUCGUUUCGAUCCCAACGAGUUCGAGCUCAUUCAGUACCUCUCCGACAAGGUCAACGGAUGCCCGGAUCCUGGCCAGGGUUUGAUCAAAGACGACAUUGAUGCUUAUGCCUCCAGCCCUGAUCUUUUGUCUGCUAAUUUUUGCCCAGAUGAUGGGGAUGGGAGGUUAUUUUGUUUCACCCCUAUCAAAUUUAGAAAGGGGCUUCGUUGCAGGGAUCGCAGCACCCCAGAUGGUCACUGGAAAGCUACAGAUGCCAGGCGUAGGAUCGAUGAUAAAGUGGGAAAUCCGGUUGGAUGCGUGCAAACAUUAAGUUAUUACCUUCGGGAAAAGGGGGGUUGUGAGGUCUAA